AAAUUCACCAAACUGCAGUACUCAAAUCUCUUCUACAUCUUCCAAGCCACUACUUAACCACCCGUAUCAUAUUUCUUGUUCAAGCUCUUUCUUUAGGAUAGAAAAAUGAGCUGGGCAGCUGGAGAUUGGAUGUGCCCCGCCUGCCAAAACCAGAAUUUCAAGAAGCGAGACGCUUGCCAAAACUGCAAUUACCCUAGGUAUGGUGGCCCUGAGCCAUCAACCUGGACAGUGCUCCGUCUUGGAGACUGGUAUUGCACCGCUGUGAACUGUGAAAAUCAAAUAACAUGCGGAGCUCACAAUUUUGCCAGCCGAUCGAACUGCUAUGUAUGUGGAUCCAGGAAACAAGCCGGCGGCCCUACUAAACCUGGUGACUGGACUUGCCCAAGAACGGAAUGUGGAGUUCACAAUUAUGCUAAGAGGACAGAAUGCUUUAAAUGCAAAACACCAAAGGGAAGCGGCGGUGCAGUUAUUUAAGAAGACUAUCUCGUAUUGCAGCCUUUUUCUGAAGAAAGCAUGCCAUGUAGCUGCAUUUGGAAGGGUUUCUGGGUUUAAUGUAUGGUGCAUGGUGUAUCUCUAACAUGAAGCUUUUAAAAUCUCUUGUGUUUUUUUUUUACCUUAAUUAAUAAAAUACUAUGUUUUAUUUUCCC